UAACUUCCAGUGAUAACAGCCUCCAGAAAAAAGUGGUUCAACAAAUCUUGAAGAACAUGAUCAGCAUAAAAAACAUGUGUUGAUAAAGAGUUACGUUACUAGCGAGAGCUUGGMGCUAUAAUUUUUCUACCGAUGAUAAUAAUGUCCGACAAACUUUGAAAGUCGUUCARCUUGUCCAAGAAAUUGAGAAGAUCAUGGUUAGUAUAAAAAUCACGUUUCAACAAAUAUUUGCACUGCUGGAAUAAACUUCGCAGCGCUAAAGUUAUAAAUUGGAUGCUCGGCGAGGAUGGAAUUCAACAAAUUUUGAAAAUUGUCAGUUCUUAAUAAACUAAGAAGAUCAUGUUUAGCAAAAAAACAUUUAUCAAUAAAAAUUUGCGUUGCUAGCGUGAACAGGACGCUCAAUUAUUAACAAUUUUUCUAUUAAUGAAAAUAACGUGCAACAAACUUUGAAAGAUGUCCAACAGUGUCAAAAAAAUUGAAAAGAAAACUCGACGAAGUAUUUUUCCGACUUGAGCGCGAUCCGUAGCGACCAACCGGCAGCAACGAACUAAACGACGACGGCGACCAGGCAGCCGCCACAACGAUUUUUGUGUAUGGCUGAUACGAUCGCCGUACCACUGAAAUAAUUUACAAUGUCGGAGUCGAAGAAAACUGAUGAAGGCGCCGCGAAGGAGAAGUUCRAGAUGAUUAUUGAAGACGGGUGCAACGUGCCAGUCGACUACAGUCGGCCCAAACCCAUUCCGGAAUGGUUCGACGAGGAAUURUUUGUCAGAGGACAAAAAUAUUUUUAUUUCAAUUUCUAUGCAAUGAUUAUUUCACAAUUAAUGGGAUUAGUAUUGGUACUUACAGUCCUAACAAUAUUGGAUGUAUUAGUGUCAACAAAUAAAUCUUCUAAUUCUUAUACCGCUUUUAGAAGAUAUACAUCAACUUUAAGGCACAUACUGAGUUGGUAUAAAUAUGACGUUAAACAUAUUAAAUCAAAAUCUCAAAUGUCUUUGGGCAUUGUACAUGGAUUUCAUUGUGCUGCGAAUCGAGUAUYGAAUAAGUCUGGACCUGGACCGCGAGUAUCUCAAAAAGAUAUGGCAUUAACUCAAUUUGGACUUGUGGGUUUAACAUUGUUGAAAAAAAAAGAAUUGGCUAUUGUUGGCACUGAAGAAGACGAAAGAGCCAUUAUUCAUUUUUGGAGGACUAUUGGUUACAUGUUGGGAAUUCAAGACAAGUACAACCUGUGCAGUGGCUCUUUGGAGGAGGUGCGUGGCACGUGCGCCUUGAUCCUGCGGGACGUGUACGUGCCGGGGCUGCUGAGCCCUCCGCCGAAGUUCAAUCACAUGGCGAACGCGAUGCUGGACGGCAUGAAGUCGGUCUCGCCCAUUCUGGACGCGGACGCAUUCAUGGCGUUCACGCACGAGCUGUGCGGCGUACCGGUACGCCGGCCGCUGGACGCCCGGUACAGCCGGUGGAUGUACCACGUGCUGGUAUAUAUGCACGGCGUGUUGCUGACCCACGCGUGGCUGGCCAUCGUGUUCCGGCCACUAUUGAACUACAACACGAUGUUAUCCAUAUGGCUGAACGCUAAAUUUCCGGUCGGCGCGGCGCUUCGGUUCGGCACCAAAGUAUUCUAUCCGGUCCAGAACGACGUGCCGCCACAUCCGAUGACCACGGAUCCUGCGGCCAUCAAUAACGRACGUGCCACGGAUCCGGCCGCCAUCGAAUGCGCCACGGAGAUGCAAUUGGCCGCUUAGGUCGUGGGCCAAUGCUCCAUUUACCUAACCCGCGCCACACGUUUACACGCGCAUAUAAAAUUAUGGUCACUACGACAAUAAUUUUUUGUUUUUGUUUCGUUAGAAAAUCAAAUUAAAUUAUGAUCUUAUAUUAA